UAAUGACUCGGUAUAUAUACUUUCCUCUGUAAUAAUUUGUGCUAGACGGGAGCAUUUGAAAAGGACUUGAGCGCGCAUUGUCACAAAACUCGGACGAUGCUGGCUGUAUUAUUCCUCUCGGCUCUUAUGGGCCUCGCCAUUGGAGAUCCAUUGCCACCUGUAAGAAAACACACAGAGAUCAUCCAUGUUCCCGCUCCUAAGCCACAAGUUCGACACGUGCCCGCCCUUCAAGAACAUCCCAAACAAGUAAUCCAACAUGUUCCCAUCAGACAGACAGUCGUCAAACAAAUUAAUGUACCAAGGGACAUCCUUCGUGAAGUGCCGGUUAUCGUCGAAAAGAAAUUGAUUUUGAAGCAGCCACAUAUUCGUAGAUUCCCCAUCGAUGUUAAGAAGACUCUGUUGCAGCCCCAUAUUAAACACGUACCACAGGUCAGAGUUAAUUACCGCAAGAGGCCAUAUGAUGUCUGGCACACGAAAACUGUGAAGAAGAUCAUCAAGGUCCCACGCCCAUACCCCGUCGUCAAACACAAAAUCGUCACAAAGGUGCUGAAUAGAGUUGUCGAUGUCCCACACAAAGUAUACAAAGACAAAGUUAAAGUUGUUCAAGUACCACAACCCUUCAAGGUACAGAAGGUCCACCACAGAAAGAUUGAUGUUCCCAUUGAGGUGCGCGUACCCGUCCCACGUGUCAAUAUAAAAAGAACACAGGAGGUCCAGAAAGUUCCUAUUGAUGUCACUGUUGUAAAGAAGGUCGGCAUUCCAAGAAAGACAACAUUGACUGAAAUUGUUCCCGUACCAGUGAAACCAGAGGGAUGUGGCCCGGAUGGUGUAGAUUGUGGAAGUUUUGCUUCUGCUAGCUCUGUCGUUACAGACUCAGUAGGUGUUGGAGGAGUAGCUGGGUCUGGUGCUGCCCAUCUUGACGACGUCUUUGUAGGCGGAUCAGGCUUCUCUGACUCAGUAGGAGUUGUAGAUGGUUCGGUAGCAGUUGGUGGUGGAGUACGCACCGUUGUUGAUGAAUCCGUAGGAAUGGUUCCAGUAAUCAAGAAAGUCCGUAAGGUUACAGUUGGUCCGUCAGCCCCCAUUGUCCGUCAGGACAUCCGCACUACUGUAGUGGGAAAUACUGGCCCUAUUGUCCGGGGUGACGUAAUAGAAGGAGAAUUGUACGGACCUGAUUUACCUGAUCUAGCACCUAAUGUUGGGCCUGGUGUAGGUCCCACAUUUAUUGAGAGCUCUGUUUCUAGUCGACCAUCAGUUUUGCCAAUUCCAACAGAACCAUACCUUCCCGGAGGUCCUGGAUUUGCUAGGGACGGUGGUAUAUAUGCUGAUGUUCAGUCAGGUAUUGGUGGUGCAAGCGGUAUAUAUUCUGAUGUAGGGCCAGGUUUCGAUGGUCCCGGCGGUAUAUAUACUGAUAUAGACUCAGGUUUCGGUGGCGUCGAUGGUUUAUAUUCUGGUAUUGAUGGAGCCGGUGGUAUAUAUGGAGACUUACAGUCAGGUUUUGGAAACUCAUUAGAACUUCGAGCUGAUGGAUUCGGGGGCGGGGCUGGUUCUGCUGACCUCAUUGAGAGGACCAGAACUACCACAUCCGGUGGUGGUGGAGGAGACAUUGUAUACCAGGAGAGGAGGUCAAUUCCUAUACUGGUGGGCGGAGACGUCCAAGGACGAAUUAUUAGGACUGAUGGCGGUGGUUAUGGCCCUAACUAUGAUGAUUCCGAUAAUGACGUCGCUGUAGCUAGUGCCUCUGCAGGAGGCUUAAUCGGAGCUGCAGCCAGAGGCCCUAUAGGGGUCGGGGCUGCAAACGGAGGCGCCUUCGGGGUCAAUGCUGGUGCCUCGGCCGCUGCUUCUGCUGGAGUUUCUGCUGGGCAACUUGGCCUUGGCUUUGUGAACCAAGGUGGUCAUUUCGAUGCCGGUAUUGGUGGCCAUGGGGCCAUUGAUGCCCCCUUUUUUGGUGGUGACAUAAGCAGUGCGCAAGCGCAAGCCCAAGCCCAGGCUCAGGCUCAAGCUCAGGUUUUUGCCCAAGCUCAGAACUUUGCCCUAGCUCAAGCUCAGAGUUUAGCCCAUUCCCAGGGUCACGCUAAUAACAUUGGAGAUUCAUUACAUUCUGAUUUACAGUUAGCCAACAAUUUAGCAUAUGGUGACAAUUAUGAUGUCAACAAAUAUGCUUAAUAAGGCUCUGAUCUCCGAGCCGUCGGGUGCUUCGGCUCUUCUUCCUGGGUUUGAGACACCAUUGUACAUUACUAUAAAUAGAAACAUAUUGACAUUGGCUAUUUCAGUGUGUAACAUUCAUCCUCGGGCGUCUGAAUAUAUUUUAUUAACAAAACUUAA